AUGGCUCCCCAACAUUGUCAAAAUGCCAAGCAAUUGAGUUUUCAGCUUCAAGACCAAGGCUCGUCCUCAACUCAGUCAAGUGGUCAAUCUUAUUCUGAAGUAGCCAGUCUAGGAGAAAGCAACCCAUAUGGACAGAGCAUAACGUCAAUGGGAUCAGGCUAUAAAGGAACUCAUGGAAAGCCUGAAGACAGUCAUAUCAAACCAGAUUUAUCAAUGGUUACUCCUAAUUACAUUUCCCCUCCUCCACAAGUUGAUUAUAGACAGUCAUUUGCUUACAUUCCACUUUCUUACCCUGAUCCAUACUAUCAUAGGUUAGCUGCUGCUUAUGGGCCCCAGUCUAUGGAAUAUGAUGGACAAAUGACCAAGGAAUGA